AUGGACGCGUUGGCAGUAGCCGAAGCCAACGCCCCCGUGGAUGGGGAUCGAGAGGAUCAAUUUGAGAAGCCCGCUGAGGCCAGGUCAUCAAAUCAUGGGGAGAACAAAUUCCAGAAAGCGAUAUCAGCAUGGCGAAACAUCGACCUCUCCUCGCUGAUGCCCCAGCUGGACUCAACGGCUACAGAACUCGUUGGUCAACAGAGAGAGGCUCUCCUCGAGCGCAAGGAAGUCGCUCAGAAGACCAAAGAUUUUAGGAAGUUGGAGGACUCCGCGAAACUCACAGAGUACAAGGCUUUGUUAAAAUCAUACCAAACAUUUAUCGACUUAAUAACAGGCCACGGCAAGACCUCCUCAUCUGCAUUUCUCCAACUCUAUCAAUCCCUGUCGGAGGCCCCUGAUCCUUUCCCUCUUCUCGAAGCGUCGGUCGAUUCGCUCGUUGCCUCCGAAGACACCGUCCCCAAGCUGACAACCGAAAACGAACAACUCCUGUCCCGAGUGAACAAAUUGACGACGGAGUUGGAAGAUACGGAGAGACGACUGCAAGACGAAAGCAAGGCUAGACGAGACGCCGAAGCCGGCACCGGUUCACGUGUCCAAGAGAUCGAAGCGAAAUGGGAGAAAGUGCUAGAAGAGAAGCAGAACAACUGGACCGCGAAGGAAAAGGCCUUGGAGGAGAAGGUGGAGAACCAAGACCGACUUCUAAAAGAAUUGAAAGCAAACUACGACGUCUCACAACGGCUACAAGAUGGCUCGGUUGCGCUGGCGUCCAACAAGGCCGCAACUGCGGAGCUUGAAAUGAUGAGCUCAGAACUCGAACGGACGAGUGUGCGGUUGGCCGAGAUGGAGGCCCGGAACGAGCAGCUACAGGUUGAACUGGCUCGUACCACAUCACAAAACGCGGUCAAUCAUGAUAUUGAAGAAGACCCGUCGUUCUUGAGAUUGCAGUCCGAGAACUCUUCACUACUGCGGAAGAUUGAAUCUGUGCGGUUUGAAAGAGAAUCGGAGAAGCGAGGACAGGACAACAAAACUCGGCAAGCGGAGAGACAACUGGCUCAAUUGUCGAGUGAGAAUGAGAGUCUGCGUGCGAAGAUCCAGAAAUGGUCAGACUAUGAGGAUGUGAAGCGAGAACUUGAGACACUGCGAUCUAUUGAAUUGUCUACUGGCGAUGAUGAGGAUGGCGAAGUGACCGCAGUUAACGGCUCUGCGGAAACCGGGACUAAGCAAUCACUGGAACAACUCCUACUCGCUCGGAACAAGAAACUCAGCAAUGAGCUCACUCUGUUGCGUGUGUCGCAUCAGGACCUCCAGCAGCAACUCGAAGAUCUCCAGGAAGAGAUGUCUCGAACCAACGCAGAGCUGGAGAAGUCUCAGAAGUUGUCUUCGACGUUAGAAAACGACUUGUUGCACAUUCAAGAAGAAGCGGCCAAUGCACUGCCUUCGUCGGGAAUGUCAGUUGCCGGGACUCAUGUCUCAAGGUACCCCACGGGAUCUUUGCGACGUGGCCGAGGCUCACCUACAUCAUCCAUUAUUUCGGGAUACGAGACACUGCCCCGAAGCAGCACACUGGAGUCCUUGCGUGCUGGAGAGCCGGUCGGAGGCGGUUCUGGUAUUCUGCCCAUGAUCCAGGCGCAACGGGAUCGUUUCAAGCAAAAAAACCAACAGCUCGAGGAGGAACUUGCCAAAACCUAUACAACCGUGACAUCUUUGCGACAGGAGGUUGCGUCUUUGCAGAAGGAUAACCUUAACCUGUACGAGAAGACAAGAUACGUGUCUGCCUACAGUCGGGGUCCCACCACGACUUCUUCGUCAUCAUAUUCAGGCGGGACCGGGCACACCUCUGUCCUUGGCAAUUCCGACGAUUCGACGGCCGAGCGAUGGAAGUCUCAAUAUGAAGCCAACAUCUCACCGUUUGCGGCGUUCCGCGGCCGAGAAGCCACGAGGGCGUACAAGCGCAUGAGUCUACCGGAACGAGUCAUCUUCUCACUGACCAGAAUUGUGCUGGCGACGAGAAUGUCUCGAAAUCUGUUCGCGAGCUACUGCCUCGCUCUCCAUGUCUUGGUCUUCCUCAUGCUCUACUGGAUGGGAACGUCGGAUGUUGAGCGCAACGUAACUCACCUGGGAGAGGCCGCUGCAGCCGUGGUGGUAGCAGGGGGUGGUGGUUCAUCAGGCCUUCAAUCACCCAACGCGCAUGGUCCUGACUGGCAUCAAGAAGAUUUCGGAUAG